ACCACCCCCCUCCUCCCCAAAACACAACACAGUAAACACACAGUAAACACACCAACCUUCACACGCGGCCGUCCAUUGGCCUAAACAACUGCAAUCAUGGACCGGGCCUACGCUUUCCUGGCAAAGCGCCAGAAUAUCGCGAACGAGAACAACGAUCCGAAUGUCGGCAAAGCCCGUGGAGUCACAACAGAGGCCUUCCUUUCGACUCUCCUCGUCAAUCUCGUCAUUUUCGCCGUCCUCUUCCUGAUCUUCAUCGUUCUGCGCCGCUCGAACCGUAGAAUCUAUGCGCCUCGUACCUAUGUUGGCGCUAUCGAACGUUGGAGGAAACUGCGUGUUCACGACGACAAUGGCGACGGUUACGCCGACGAGGUCGAGGGUGUUUCUGGAUUCUCGGGCAUGUUGAGCUGGGUCAAGGCUGUCUGGACCAUCCCUGACGAGACGGUUCUGCGCACCAACGGCCUUGAUGGCUAUUUCUUCCUUCGUUACCUGCGCAAGGCGCAGAUGAUCUGCUUCGUCGGAUGCUGCCUGACUUGGCCCAUUCUGUUCCCUCUCAACGCGACCGGUGGAGGAACUAGCGAGGGUCUGGAUAUCCUGAGUAUGAGCAACAUCGGUGAAUCUUCGAGGAACCGCCUGUAUGCGCACGUGUUCCUCAGCUGGAUAUUCUACGCGUUCGUGCUGUUCACCGUCUACCGCGAGCUCAUCUUCUUCACCACCACGAGACAGGCCUACAUGCUGUCGCCCAUCUACUCCACCCGUAUCUCGGCGCGCACUGUGCUCUUCCAGACCGUUCCGUUGCACUACUUGAACGAGACCGCCCUCAAGAGGACCUUCGACAAUGUCAAGCGCGUUUGGAUUACAACCGACACCACCGAGCUGGAUAAGCUGGUCAAGGAGCGUGACGAGAUUCUGUUCAAACUGGAGGCUGCUGAGGUCAAGCUCAUCACGCUCUCCGACAAGGCGCGUACCAAGGCGGGUGCUGAGGUCGCUAAGAGCGAGCCCAACUCUACGGCCUCUGGAGAGAGUGGAAGUGUUGCUGCCAAUUGGUUGGACCGCUCCAAGAGGCCCAUGCACCGUCUGAAGCCCCUCAUCGGAGAGAAGGUUGACACCAUCGACUGGUGCCGUGGAAAACUCGCCGAGCUGAACCCCCAAAUCCAAGACAUUCAGGAUACGCACACGUCCGGCGAGGCCAAGAAGCUCAGUUCCGUUUUCGUCGAAUUCGCCAGUCAAUCCGCUGCCCAGGUUGCUCUUCAGACGUUGGCUCACCACAAGCCCCUGCACAUGUCUCCCCGCUACAUUGGUCUUACCCCCGAGGAGAUCAUCUGGAGCAACAUGAAGCUCCUUUGGUGGGAGCGCCUGGUCAAGUCUGCCGCUACCACCUCUUUCGUCGUUGCCCUCGUCAUCUUUUGGUCCAUUCCUGUCGCCAUUGUCGGAGCCAUCUCGCAGAUCAACUAUCUGACCACGAAGGUGCCCUUCCUGAGCUUCAUCAACGACAUUCCCCAGGCGGUUCUCGGUCUUAUCACCGGUCUUUUGCCCGUGGUGAUGCUAGCUGUGUUGAUGGCCCUGUUGCCCAUCAUCCUCCGUAUCAUGGCUAGGAUCUCGGGCUUGCCCUCUCUGUCACUGAUUGAGCUCCGUGUCCAGAACAGCUACUUCCUGUUUCAAGUUAUUCAGGUGUUCUUGGUCACCACAAUGUCGUCGGCCGCUUCCGCAGCUAUCCCUGCCAUUAUUGAGAACCCGGCCGCGGUCACUGGUCUGCUUUCGGACGCUCUGCCCAAGGCCUCUAACUUCUACAUCUCCUUCAUGAUCCUCCAGGGUCUGUCGAUCUCGGCAGGCGCCUUGGUUCAGAUCGUCGGAUUGAUUCUGUACAAGGUGCUUGGAAUGCUCUUGGACAACACUCCUCGCAAGAUGUUCAAUCGUUGGUCGAGUCUGGCUGGACUUGGCUGGGGCACUGUAUUCCCGGUGUACACCAACCUAUGCGUGAUCUCUCUGUCCUACUCCAUCAUCGCACCCCUGGUCAUGGGCUUCGCUACCGUCGGUUUCGGUCUCCUGUACUUCGCCUACAGGUACAACUUUUUCUUUGUGUACAACAUCAACAUCAACACCAACGGAAUGGUGUACCCGAGGGCUCUGUACCAGACCCUUACCGGUGUCUACCUUGGCCAGCUCUGCUUGGUCGGUCUGUUUUCCGUCAACAAGAUGCCCGGCCCGGUCAUUCUCCAGAUUAUCUUCUUGAUCUUCACUGUCCUGUUCCAGAUGACGCUCAGCUCGGCCGUCCAGCCGCUCCUGAACUACCUCCCCAAGAACUUGCAGGUCGAGGAGGAGGCCCUGCUCUCUCUGGAGAGCGGCGUCGUUGGCACCUCCGUUGAUGCCGAUCGCGACGGUGUUGCGGACAUGCCGUUGGACCCUGAUGGUGACGGAGUCGACGGUAUCAGCGAGGUUAAGCCCAGUGCUCUCAAGCGCUUCCUGAAACCCCAGCAGUACGAGAGCUACCAACACAUGCGAAAGCGGAUUCCCCAGGAGGCCCCCGCGGUCCAUUACACGCCCGAGAUGGAGAGAGACGCGUACUACAACCCGAGUAUCACUACCGUGCCAACCACCAUCUGGAUCCCGCGCGAUGCCGGUGGUGUUAGCAGACAGGAAGUGGUACACACCAGCGCCGUCAACCCCAUCUCCGAUCACGGCGCCAUCGUGACGAACGGAAAGAUCGAGCGACAUGACGAUGCUUUCCCUCCCGACUGGAAGGAGAACCCCCUGUGGUAAUCGGAUUACUGGUGGUAGUGCUCUGUUGAGCGUAAUAGUUAAUACCCCUUUCUUUUUCUCGUAUUCGAAUGAGUACUGGAUGUGUUUUUUCU